AAUUCUAGACGGCACAAACGGGCGAGGGGCUAAUGCCUCAUGAGAUACAAAUGUCUAAGUGAAUCUCGCAACUUCUCUCUUGAUUUUCAUCCAUCAUUUUUCACUAAAAAACUUCCUAGGUUGCAUUUGUCAUACUUGGGAAAUUGGCUUUCAGCAUGGAACUCGUCUUAAUCUUGGAUGAGCAAGCGACCCGACUGUUUGCAACAGCAUGGUGUUUGAAAUUGUUACAGCAAAGAUAUGGCGUGACGCACGUGUCAGACAGAUAACUGAUAGUCUUUGACCGGAUUCAGCUGAACGCGUCAUCGAAACAAGAGCUGAAGGAAGACUAGAGCCCACACGUUUCUGAAGAUUUUCACUGAAACCGAAGCUCGGAUUACGUUUUAAGCGUCCACGAUCGUCCACUGUAACUGCCUACCGAGUACAUCUUGCGUUCAUCAGUACUUGACUAUGUCUUCGAAGAUAUUGCCCUUCAAGUCUACACAACUGUAUAUCCGCAGAAAUAGCAAAUGAUAAAGAAGAUGACAUUUUUCACAUCCAUACUGAUUCCUAGCACAAUUUUCCUAGCAGGAUUUUCUACUUACGCCAUUGCUGCAGUCUCGUCCUGUACAGGAAAUCUGUGUAACGCUACGAUGUGCGAUUCGAAUCCAUGCAAAAAUGGUGCAACGUGUUUGGAUCAUAACAGCAGUUUUUCUUGUGUGUGCAAACCUGACCUGACAGGACGAUUAUGCGAACUGCAUCACAACCGUUGUGACUCUACUCCAUGUCAAAAUGGCGGAACAUGUACAAACGGGGUCGAUGCCUUCACAUGCACCUGUGCUCGUGGAUUUACUGGUGAGACUUGUGGAAAACGGACUGGGGAUUGUCCUGAUCCACCAAGCAUAGUCAAUGGAACAGUCAGGUUACGAAAUUCAUACGGUUUUUACACGUGUAAUAGAGGUUACAAGACACUGAUCAUGAUUGGAAGUCGCAUUAUCAGGUGUGUCAAUGGCAAGUGGAAUGGAAAGCCUCCCACGUGUCAAUCAGGAGUAAGACGCUCAUUAUGUAAAAGACCCGACGGUAUAAGGCAGGGUUACUUUGAGCCUCAAAAAGAUGAAUUCACUGUUGGUUCAAUUGUCAAGUACGUUUGUAACGGCAAGUACCGUCUCAGAGGCAAUGCUGAGCUGAUGUGCACUAAAGAUGGAAAGUGGUCGCCGACAAAGCUACCCCGUUGUACAAAAAGUAACUGAAAGACCUUAUUUAAGAAAUAUCUAGUCUCUUCAUUCAUGUAGAUUAAAGGUUAAUUUUGCAUAGAGGAGUGAUUAUUUUCACAGGCAAUGUAACUAAAUAUAGUCAUAGUCUACUAAUUCUGAAUUAUGAACUAGGAGUAAAACCAAACCCCAAAAACAACUUUCGAAAUAAAACGCUAACACGGGCAACACUACAAACGAUAACCUUAUGGAGCCACCUUCGUUGUUAAAAUUGAGAUAUCGGUUACUUCAUAUUCUCUCCGCUUAGCAUCGAUUUUUUUUUAUGUCCUCUCGGUUAAU